CACAAGAUGGCUUAACGUAUCUAAACAUAGCGCGAUGUAGUCGAACGUCGUCAUGGCUUGCUCGUCACUUGUCAGGCUGCAGGGUCGAUGCAUCGACUGUUCUUCGUCCUAGUUGGCUCUGGCUGGGCUUUGGCUGGCACGUGCACCAACACAAGCCUGAGCUCGCGAUUUGAAAUCGCCCAAAGUGUCGGUAUCUCUCCCACAUGUGUGGGGCCAUGGAGUGCCACCAUGCCCAAAACCAUCGAUUUUCUGACGGUGUUCAGCGGGUAUGCCCCCCUCGCGUGCGCUCAAAGCUCCUGUCGACAGGACUUUCAAACUAGCGCUUCAAACAUUGGCGCCAUAGUAUGCGACGAAGCGCAGGCCGCGGCCAAGGCCAUAACUGGUCUAGUGAACCUUUGCAGCUCGUUGGUUCUCGCUACAACUGCCCAGCCUACGUGCUCCAACUACUCGUAUGCGACCAACCUCGGCGCAGUGCCAGCAGCGUGUGCGUCGGCUGCCCCGCUUGCGACCAGCGCUCUCGCCAUCUUGCAAUCGUCCGAUUUGAAGUCGUUCGACGCAGUGUGCCAAGUGCCAGCUUGUGUGGCCAAUCUCACGGCACGCAUCACUGCGCUACCAACCUGCCGACUGGAAUGGCCAUACUUCUACGGCGCCCCCCUGAUCCCGAAAGAAGUGUAUCUGGGCUACCUGUCUUCCUUCUGUGACAACUUGCCUACUCAAUCUGCUGUCAAUACCUCGUCCUGCCCUGCCAAGCUGGCGGCGCUGUAUGCGACGCCGUUUUCCGAUACGUGCAUCGCCCAAUACUUUGGAAACCGCAUUGCAUUUGUAAUUUACGAAGCCACCCUCCGCAGAUACAUCCUGCUGAGUCGAUAUCUAGCCACCAGUAACGCCUGUAAAAGCAGCAUUCAAUACAUGCUCAAUGACCUUGCCGACGCCGGUCCUUGUGCAGCCAGCGUCCUCUUUGCCUUCCAGACCCUCCAGCAAGCAGUGUCCAAGGUCUACCCAUCGAACUCGUCCCUUGCGCUCUGUACAAACAGCGAAAGUGCCAGUGUGAUUGCCCUGUUAGGCUCCCCCGCUUCUGUCGCAUGCCUUCGCAACCCACUGGUUCAAAUCUGGUCGGAUGUGUACACGCCCCAUCAAUUGGCAGACCUCGCGUCCAUCGUUGCCACCCCUGGCUGCGUCGCGUCGGCUGUAGCUUUUGCUACGUCAUCGUUUCCGAAGUGCGAGUUCGCCGCGCCGGACAAGGGCGACGCGGCCGUUGGGAUGGACGCCGCCACUCGGUUCACGUCAUUUCUGCUGGCGGCGGACUAUUUGGUCACCCGCGAGGCUUCUCCCCCCGUGUCUCGCGCUUGUUUCGACGGCGGACAUGGCUCUUAUUGGCUCGAAGACGCGAGACCGAUGGACUUUCUGACUAUCAGCAGAGGGCUCGUCCCUAUGGCGUGCACUGUCGACUCAUGUCGGGCAGAUUUCAUCGCCAGUGCCAUCGCCUUGAAGGAGACCAAUGCGUCGACCGUUCAGUCGUUGGGGGCGUCCGUGGCCGGCAUCGCAAACGUGUGCAAUUCGCUGGCCCUUUCCUUUGGUCUUCCGCGAUGCACCAGCGCUUCCCCCUUUGACCUCGGUGGGGUGCCCCCUGCCUGCACUACAGUGGCCGCGUCCGUAGCCUCCGCGGCCGCCAUCGCCCUCCCGUCCGACCUGGGGGCCCUUUCUGCCGUGUGCCAAGUCCCUGCUUGUGUGGCGGCCCUUACUAUGCAAAUGAAUGCGCUGCCCGACUGCGAGGCGGAGUGGGGGCCGUCGGGGGGCGCCUUCGUCUCCCCCAAGCAAGUGUACUUGUCGUACCUCACGUCGUUUUGCAACUCGACGACGGUGGUCGUAGCCACCAACUUUUCAACGUGCAGCAACAAGCUGGCCGCCGCGCACUUUGUCACGUUUACUAACGACUGCGUUGAGUCCAUCUUAGAAUACCAAAACGGGUUUGGGAGUGUUGGUGAGUACGGCAUGGUGAUUCGCCAAGUCACGAUCAACAAGUACAUCCCAUUCAGCCGGUUCCUGGCCACAAGUCCCACGUGCACUGCCAACGUCAACGCCACGGCCAACCUACUCAACAACGUCGGGCCUUGUGGCACCCCCCUUGCCAUCGUGUUCAAAGUUUUGCUCCAAGUUAUUUCGACUAAAACUCCAAGUAACCGUUCGCUGGCAUUGUGCAGCUCUGCCCAAACGAACGCACUGACGACGCUGUUAAGUGCCGCUGCGGCCGUCGAGUGCUCUCGCAGCAAUCCGUGGGUGCAACGGUGGAGCGAUGUAUUUGCUCCGCGCCACUUGGCCGAUAUGGUCACGACGGUGGCCGCGCCAGGAUGUGUAACGGCGGCAGUUGCAUAUGCCAAGACAGCCUUUCCCGCCUGCGAAUACGUCGACGUCGAGUUUGACGAACGCGCCGUGGGCGUGAGUGCUGCCACGUACUUUACAACGUUCCUCAUCGCGACUCAAUCGUUCGUCCCUGAAACCUCCGUCACUGCCGCGCCAUCAACUAGUGCUACUACUACUACUCCAUCCUCCACUAGUCUUACUAGUCCAACCCCCACUCGUGCAACCGCGCGUUCGGUGUCGGUGGAAAUGCCAGUGGUUGGGCUUUGCAUUGUACUAUAUUGGUACUCAUUGCGACAUUACUAACUAGUAUAAUACAAGGGGAAUACGUACUC